GGCAGUGUCAGUUGCUAGCUCAAAUGGGUAUAAUUAUAACUAAAUAUUAUACAAUUAGCAAAGUAAAUUGACAGACUUUGAUUUAAAGGAAGCGAGGGGGAGGUUGUAAUAUUUUUGUAGUGGCAGUGGCGGUGGUUAAUGAUCAAAGAGCUCUCUUUUUAAUGCAGGACCUUUGCCUUUCGAUUCCCUCUUCUUCAAAAAUAGACAAAUGCCCAUUUCUUUUCUCUCUCACUCUAAAUCUAGAUUCUGAAGUUAUAAAAGUCUCGCCUUUAUUACUUUUUCUUCUCUGGUUCUUUUUUGACUGUUUUGUUGCAGAGUUGCUCUGUUACUGAGCAGGAAGAAAAGGGAAAAGGGCUUGCUUAAAUUCAUUAAAAACAUUAACUUUUGAGUGGGUUGGAGUUUUUUGAAGAAGAAGAAGGAGAAAAGGGUAUCAAAAGAGAGAGCAGAGAGAGUACCAAAAAAAGUGUUAAACAUAAUUGUGGAGGAAGGCGUAGACCGAGUUUUCUUCUGCUACUCUUGUUGAAAAAGGGAUGGAUAUAGGUGAAAAGGAUAAAUCUGAGCUAGAAAACAGGAAUGAGAAUAGCAUAAACUACGAAACACCUGUUUUGCCAUCGGAUUGGCAGUUUGGUGGUGCCAAUCUCACAAGUUCUGGUACGAGUGUAGUUCCUUGUAGUAAUCCUUUGGCUAUUGGUUCGUCUUGUGCCUCUGCUUCGAUGGCAGACUCGUUUGAUUCUAACCUUUGGGAGCAUCCGUCUAAUUCUCAGAACUUGGGAUUUUGUGGCAUCAACGUGCAAAAUGGUGCAAUCUCUUCAAAUGCAAUGGACACUGGGAAAGGUACUCUUACCUCUUUGAGAGGUAGCAUUGAUAGAACAUUUGAUAUGGGCUGGAAUGCUGCAAGUUCAGCAUUGAAAGGGCGCUUUUUUUUACCGAAUACGACUGGGAUUCUACCUCAGAGUCUAUCACAGUUUCCGGUUGAUUCGACUUUCAUUGAGGGUGCUGUGAGGUUCUCGAGCUUUAAUGAGGGAAGUUUUAGUGAUAUGGUGAGCCCUUUUGGUAUGCCUGAGUCUACGGCUCUGUAUUCUAGAGGAAUGGGAUUGAUGCCAGGACCUGAAGAUAUGUUCGCAGUCAAUGGGAGGAAAUCUGUAUCUGGUGUGGAAUCUCAGAAGAGUAAGUUGAAUGUUACUGAAGCUACUAGAGAUGCUUGUUUGCAAGUUGAAAAUAGGGCUAAAGAAAGCCCACUUGAGAAUGAAAGGAAAAGUGAGAGUCUUGUGCGAGCUAAACAAGAGGCAAAACAUGGAAUUGGAGGCUCUGGUAAUGAAUCCGAUGAGGCUGUGUUUAGUGGUCACGAUGUAGGUCAAGAAGAACCAUCUACAUUCAAUGGUACAGGUGGCGAACCUUCUGCCAAGGGUCUUAGUUUGAAGAAAAGAAAAAGGGGUUUACAGGAUGCUGAGGUUGAUCAAGCUAAAGGAGGCCGGCCACCUACCGAGGCAGCUGGGGAUGGUGCUGAAAAUCAACAAAAGGGUGACCAGAAGCAAACUACAUUUAUCAAUAUGACUGCAGGGAAGCAAGGUUCUCCAGCUUCUCAUCCGCCAAAAGAAGAAUACAUCCAUGUGAGAGCCCGAAGAGGCCAGGCAACAAACAGCCACAGUCUUGCGGAAAGGGUAAGGAGAGAAAAGAUCAGUGAAAGGAUGAAGUUCCUUCAGGACCUUGUACCUGGUUGCAGCAAGGUUACAGGCAAGGCAGUGAUGCUAGAUGAAAUAAUUAACUAUGUGCAGUCACUUCAGCGGCAGGUUGAGUUUCUGUCAAUGAAACUUGCUAUGGUUAACCCCAGGCUGGAUUUUAAUAUAGAAGGGCUUCUUGCAAAAGAUCUUGUUCAAUCGCGAACCUGCCCUUCUUCAACUCUGGGGUUUUCUCCGGAUUUAUCUGUCAAUUAUCCUUCAUUGCGCCCAUCUCAACCUGGACUUGUUCAAGCUGCUCUUCCUGUAAUGGGGAAUAAUGAUGAUGUUAUUCAUAGAUCUCUUACUUCUCAUUUGACAUCGAUGAUCGGAGGAUUGAAGGAGCCCAAUCAGCUAUCAAAUGCAUGGGAGGAUGAGCUCCACAAUGUUGCUCAAAUGAACUAUGAAAUCGGUGCUCCUUCCAACAGCCUUAAUUCUCAACCGUUCGGUAAUACAAAAGUAGGACUUUGAUCCUUCUCUUCUAUGACUCCAUUCCAGGCAAUUCAUUAUAACCCUACUACUAAUAUAUAUGGUAGCAUACUUUACCACUCUUUCGAAGGUUAAAGUAUAGACAUACACUGUCACCACCAUAUAUCUACCUUGCUCAAGGUUCUUUAACCGUAUUGUCUGUCAAAGAUCAAGUCAAAACAUAUUCCGUCACCAUGUGGAGAUGUGGAACUCCUUUUGAACGUGGGAAUGUAUUGGUGUCCUAGUCAGAGGUAAGGUGGAUUAGAAUGUAUAGAUUGAUUAUGGAAAGUUUUUAUGAUAUAGGAGUUAUAUGUAUUAUCUAGCAGUAUA